AUGUCUGAUGAAACUCUGGCCUUGAUCAUUGACACUGGUUCAGCAGUCACCAAAGCCGGCUUUGCCGGCUCUGAGACCCCGAAGAUUCGAUUUCCAACUAUUGUUGCAAUUGAUGGAAAUCAAGAAUCUGAUGAUCCUUUGGUUGGGAACGGAGUUUUUGAAAAACUUGAGAAAUUCAACUCAAACAAGUCCGAAGAAUUGACCAAUUUUGACGUAUUCAGGCCAAUUCAGCAUGGAAUCGUCAGGAAUUGGGCAUUAGCUGAAAGCGUAUGGCGUCACACAUUUAGCAAUGAGUUGAAGAUAUCGCAGGAGGAGCAUCCUGUGCUUCUUACGGAACCUCCUUUGACUCCGAAGUUGCAUCGGGAGCUUUGUUGUCAGUUGUUUUUUGAGUCAUUUGGAGUCCCAGCCCUAUAUCUGGCGACUACUUCAUUAUUAUCUAUGUACGGGUCUUCUAAGACUAGCGGGUUGGUGUUAGAUAUUGGGGAAGGUGUGGCACACUCGGUCCUUAUUCAUGAGGGCUGCAUAAUGCCCUAUGCUAUCACUCGGCUGGACAUGGGUGGAUUCGACUUAACUUCUCAAAUUGUGAAGGCGGUUGAACCGCUCCGCGGGAACACUGCGUACGAUCGCAGACUUGCGAAAGACAUUAAGGAGCGGUGCUGCAGGGUUUCAUUGGACUUUGAUGCUGAGCUGGCAGAGAUUGACAAGGACCCAGAUGCACACGCAAAGAGCUUUAAACUCCCAGACGGCACUACUGUAAGCCUCUCUAGGGAGUGUAUCACUUGCCCAGAGAUCCUCUUCAAGCCUGAGCUUUCCUCCAGGAGUUGCCCAAAUCUACCUGAGAUUUGUUACCACUCUGUUCGCAUGUGUGAACCUGAGCUUCACCGGACUAUGUUCUCGAACAUUCUGCUCACAGGCGGAUCAUCUAUGUUUGAUGGAUUCCUCGAGCGUUGCGAGCGCGAAAUCUCAGCUCUCGUGAACAAGAACGUGCCUGUCAAAGUCCUUUCCUGCUCCCACCAACGUGAUCUCUCUGCCUGGGUAGGGGCUUCCAUUGUCGCAAACCUCCAAAGCUUCCAGCAAAUGUGGGUCACUAAAGAGGAGUACGAUGAGGCCGGUCCAACAGUAAUACAUCGCAAAUGUUUUUAA